CGGCCCUUUCCGAGGAGACCCGGCCAAGAUGGCGGAGGUGGAGCAGAAGAAGAAGCGAACCUUCCGGAAAUUCACCUACAGAGGGGUGGACCUGGACCAGCUCCUCGACAUGUCCUACGAGCAGCUGAUGCAGCUGUACAGUGCCCGGCAGCGCCGGCGUCUCAACCGGGGGCUGCGCCGCAAGCAGCACUCCCUGCUGAAGCGCCUGCGUAAGGCCAAGAAGGAGGCGCCGCCCAUGGAGAAGCCGGAGGUGGUGAAGACCCACUUGCGGGACAUGAUCAUCCUCCCCGAGAUGGUGGGCAGCAUGGUCGGCGUGUACAACGGCAAGACCUUCAACCAGGUGGAGAUCAAGCCCGAAAUGAUCGGUCACUACCUGGGGGAAUUCUCCAUCACGUACAAGCCGGUGAAGCACGGCCGGCCUGGCAUCGGCGCCACCCACUCCUCCCGGUUCAUUCCUCUGAAGUAACGCGGCGCUGCGGGGACCUCUCCCACCUGUAAAUAAAGAAAUUUCUCCCAGCUCGCUCGCGCGCUCUCCCGGCCUUGCGGUUCCCGGGGCUGCGGGCCCACGUCAGGGCGGGCUGGGGCACACAGGCGAGCAAAACGCCGCAGUCGUAAUCACGAUUUGAUGUUUUCCUGAA